GCCCAAGAAAGCUCUCCCCAGGCUCUCCUUGAUCAUGACCCGAAGACAUCAUCGCAAAGGGCAGUGCAGUGUAUAAACUAUUCUAGCUUUUCUUGAAUAAGUCGACCAUGUCAAUGGCCACCUUCAAUCUACUGACGUGGACGGAACUAAUGUUCACAUUCGCUUCCAGGUUGCUGCAAAUCUUUAAGCGUCCUCCGCGGCGUCAUAGCCCGCCCACAAGUUCAACGCGGGACCCACCACCAGAUCGUGUACCCCGUCCUUCCACGCCUCCCACCCCACAGGUCUUGGAGCCCGUCGUACGAUACACAGGACCCGACCACCUCACCCUUCUUCCGACUGAAAUCGUGCUCGAAAUCGCGUCCUUCGCAUGCGCAGCCUCGCAGUCGUCUUAUCGUGCUCUUCUCCUCGUUUCGAGGCGGUUAAACUUGCUCAUCAAGUUCGACUGUCUUCAUUUCGUCCCCGUUCGACUCCAGUGUAACUCCCACAUAGAAAAUUUCCGUCUGCUUCUUGGGUUAUACCCAGACUUGGUCCCUCGUGUGCGUCAUCUCUGGAUCAAUACCCCUCCUCGAAUGACGGCUACAAAUGCUGGGCUUAACUGGGAGGAUGGUCCUUCCAGUCCAGCCGUCCGAGUAGCCAGGCUGUGUACGAACAUCGUCACCUUGUCGUGCUCAACUCCCGUAUUGCAUUACGUCAACUUUGGCUCCUCACCGAACGUCACAAUACCAAGGUCGCUCUCGUCUGAACGUGACUGGGGAUCAGUUCAAGAUUCCACCUUUAAACAUACAAAGUUGCGAGAGUUGACCCUCCUCAACAACUUCUUCAACUGGUCCUUCUUCUACCAUGACGAUCUGGGAGCUGUCACAUCCACGGUAUCACACUUAUUCACACAAUUGACACACCUUACGCUCCUCGAACCCAUUGGUCAGGACUUCCCCGUAAAGAAGUUCACUUCAUUACAGUAUUUCUCUUCAGAGAUAUACCCGCCAUCUGCAACAUCUAACACUUUAGACACCUGGGUCGCCGUGACCAACUCCCGAGUCCAUGUUUUGCUCGCUCCGUUACCGGAGGAUGCUCGGAUUACUCUGACCAUUCACCAUACGAAAGUCAACAGGAAAGAGGAGAUUGAGAUGAGCAACGGUGCUAGAUUUUGUAUGGUGCGCGUAGGGAAGCCCACACAUUUCCAGUGGUGGGCUGAUAGAGCGAGAGGGGGUGACGGGGUUUGGUCAUGAUUGCGGAAUGAAGGGCAAAAUUUAUAACUUUUGAAGAGCAGGUUCAAGCUCAUUUAGUUUGUGGGUGGAAUUGCUCUUGUGCACGCGCAACCUAGUCUUGGUUCCUUCUGCUUGCAGAAUUAGACUGACCGUUUCAUCACUGAACGCCCAUGUACUAUAAUUUAUCUU